CUGGUACAGCCAAUAUGUUUUUAUUUAACCAUUGCUGGCAAGCAAACAACUCUUACAUAUCGAAGAGUUAAACGAAAGGUAUUGUUUACUAUAUGUAACCGAGCUCAGCCAGGCGGCGCCACUCAUACGUUGCCGAGACGCACUCGACCUGCCCAUAACAAAGAUGGCGCCCGCCGUGUUAUUCCACCUGCGGGCCGGCCCAGACCCAAGAUGUCCGCCGAAGCGUCUCCGGCGCCCUAACUUCACUAUCAUCCUUCCGGUGUCAGCGGAAGAGGCGACGCUCUAGCUGGCGUGUCUCGGUGGUAGGCGCCGGAAGGUCCGCCUCUGCCGCCUCUACGCUCUCUAUGGCCGCCGCGCGCCGCCUCCAAUGGCAGGCCGGGCCCCGCCCCGCCCUGAUCAGCUGAGGGUGGCAAUGUCUGUUGACAGGAGCCGCCUCGGCCGCGGGACUGGGCAUGUGAAGGCAAAUGGAGCGCUCGGAAGGAGGCGAGCAGAGCAGGCAGCAGCAGCCCUGGGGGAGGCUGACCCGGCUGGGUGCUGAGGAGGCAGAACCGCACGUCCUGCUGCUGAAGAGAGAGUGGACGAUUGGCAGGAAGAAAGGUUGUGACUUAUCUUUCCCUGGCAACAAGCUGGUGUCUGGAGAUCACUGUAAAAUUGUAGUGGAUGAAGAGUCUGGUCAAGUGUCAUUGGAAGAUACAAGUACUAAUGGAACAGUCAUUAAUAAACUGAAAGUGAUUAAGAAGCAGACGUACCCUUUACAAACUGGAGAUGUGAUCUAUGUUGUUUACAGAAAAAAUGAGCCAGAGAACAACGUUGCUUACCUGUAUGAAUCCUUAAAUGCAAAACAUGAUGCAACUCAAGAACCAGUAGCUGUAGAAGCUAAUGUAGAAAACCAAUGCCAUGUGACCAAAGAUACCUCAAGUACAGGAAGAAGUAAUGAUGAGAACCAAAUUACCUCAUCACCGUCAGCUACUCAGUCUUGCUAUGAGGAACCACAGCCAUCUACUUCUACAUCUAACCUCUUUAAUGCUUCUUCUACCUCUCUUAUUGAGUCUGCAUCUGUUGAACAGGAUAAUCCUUCUACAUCUGGAUCACAAUCCUCACUCUUCACUCCUGUGCCUGCUUUGCCUGUCUUAGAAUCUGUGUGUCUAAGAGCGCUUCAUGAUGAACAUGAAAAGCUGGGUGUGAAUACUGAAAUUUCUGCAAUCACUUCAGAAAUCAGUGGCAAAGAAAAUGCAGAAUGGGAUUCUCAAGGGGCAGAGGAGGAAGAAGUUUUGGAACCUGCUAAGAAGAAACUAAAAGGAGAUGAAGGUGCCUGUCCAAAUCUUCCAGCAGCAGCUCCAAGUGAAUGUAUAAUUAAAAUUGGCUCUGAAGAUGCAAAAACAUCAAAUGUGAAACCGGAUAAGAUGGAGGAAACAUUAACUUGUAUUAUCUGCCAGGAAUUGCUGCAUGACUGUGUAAGCUUGCAACCUUGUAUGCAUACCUUCUGUGCUGCCUGCUACUCAGGAUGGAUGGAAAGGUCUUCUCUAUGUCCAACUUGUCGUUGUCCAGUAGAACGUAUUUGUAAAAAUCACAUACUGAACAACUUGGUUGAAGCUUAUCUGAUUCAGCAUCCAGAUAAGUGUCGUAAUGAAGAUGAUGUACGUAGCAUGGAUGCUAGAAACAAAAUUACUCAAGACAUGUUGCAACCUAAAGUGCGGAGAUCUUUUUCAGAUGAGGAAGGAAGUUCAGAAGAUUUAUUGGAAUUGUCAGAUGUAGAUAGUGAAUCUUCAGACAUCAGUCAGCCAUAUAUAGUAUGCAGACAGUGCCCAGGGUAUCGAAGACACUCUGUUCCAGCUCUGCCUGGCACAGGCCAGGAGGCAGAAGCAGGAGGAGUGCAAGCACUGGGAGAUGCACCCUCCACGUCUGCCAACUUUCCCGCAGCUGUCCAGGAAUAUGUGUGUCCUGCUCAAGGAAGUCAUGUAAUAUGCACCUGCUGCUUUCAGCCAAUGCCUGACCGAAGAGCAGAGCGUGAACAGAAUCCUCAUGUUGCUCCUCAGCAAUGUACAGUUUGUCUGCAACCUUUCUGUCACUUAUACUGGGGCUGCACUCGGAUGGCGUGUUUUGGCUGUUUGGCACCAUUCUGUGAAAUAAACCUUGGUGACAAGUGUUUAGAUGGAGUCCUAAAUAACAACCACUAUGAGUCAGAUAUCCUAAAGGAUUACCUGGCAUCCAGGGGUUUGACAUGGAAGAAUAUGUUAAAUGAAAGUCUGUUAGCUCUUCAAAGAGGAGUUUUUAUGCUGUCAGACUACAGAAUUACUGGGAACACAGUGCUUUGCUACUGUUGUGGCCUUCGCAGCUUUCGAGAACUUGCCUACCAGUACAGGCAAAAUAUUCCUGUUGCUGAACUGCCAGUGACUGUCACAUCACGUCCUGAUUGCUACUGGGGACGCAACUGCCGAACUCAGGUCAAAGCACAUCAUGCCAUGAAAUUCAAUCACAUUUGUGAACAAACACGAUUCAAGAACUGAAUACUUGUAGUCUAUAGAGAGGGGACAAAAACUUGUCAUACUGCUUGUACAGUUUAAGGUUUCAGGGGAUCUUCUCAUUUCUCCCAUAGCAGGGAACCAAUAACUUCUGCAUCAGGUAAUCUGGAAUGAACUUCUUAAUUUGUAGAAUUUGACAACUGUGUAUGAAUGAGGUCGAUUUUUUUUUUUCAAGAAAAUCCAGCAAGCAUUGCAUUCCAUCCUCAUGACUACAAUGUCCCUGUGUCACUUCACUGAAGAACACAAGCAGAAAUCACUCGCACAAAAACCAGCCAUAUCUUGGGAAGGCCUAAGAAUAAGGAGUGUAUUUGCACUACUUGUGAAGAAAUAAGAAUAAUCCUUAGACUUAAAAAAUAGAAAUGUUUUGUAUAAGUAUCUGAUGAUUAUUUCAAGAGCCAUUAAUAUUUAAGAAGGAAAUUGUCAGUGUAUAUUUGUAACUGCAUUUUGCGGUGCUCUGCUAUUUUGUCAUUACUCAUGGCGUUUGGGGUAGAAAUACAUUAAUCUUUCCUUAAAAAAAAAAAAAAAUCCGUCCAUGAAACAACUGUUUUAGCUUAAAGCUUGUACCAUAUGUGCA